AUGAAAUUCCAGAGUGUAGAUGGUUUCACCAGCUUGGAUUAUUGGUUGAAUUGGAGAGUGUUUCUCUGUGCGGUUUGGGUAUUGAGUCCCAUGAUUGUUUCUUUGUUCGUUCUAUGGAAGUUCGAAGAUAGCUCAGUGAAAACUCAGCGACGAAAUGGUAAUGACGUUGGUGAUAGUGAACGCAAUGAUAAUAAUCUGUGCAUUGAUGAUGCUUGGAGACCUUCUCUUAGGCAAAUCCAUCCUGCUUGGUUACUUGGUUUUCGGAUUCUCGCCUUCUGCUUUCUUCUAGCGAGCAACAUUGUGCGGCUCGCUUACCGAGGAUGGCGGAUUUACUACUAUUACACUCAGUGGACAUUCUCGUUGAUAGCAAUCUACUUUGGGAUGGGAUCACUGCUUUCAGUGUAUGGAUGUUUUCAAUACAAGAAGGAAAUGAGCAAGAGAGUAACUUUUGAUCAAGUAGGAAAUGAUGCAGAGAACGGAUUUCGUUCACCUCUUAUAAAUGGGGAGAACGAGAAGAGGAAAACUUCUGAUUCGAAGAUGCUAAGGUCGUGUGUCCAUUUCUUCCAGAUUAUAUUUCAGAUGAGUGCUGGAGCAGCUGUGCUUACAGACAGUAUAUAUUGGAUCGUGAUUUUCCCGUUUCUGUCUUUGCAGGACUAUGAGAUGAGUUUCAUGACUGUGAAUUUGCAUACGAGCAACCUAGUUUUGCUGCUCUGUGAUACAACUCUUAACCGGCUGAGAUUUCCCUUGUUCAGGUUCUCUUACUUCAUCUUGUGGACAGGAUUUUUCGUCAUUUUCCAGUGGAUUCUCCAUGUUUUUGUCUCCGUAGGGUGGCCAUAUCCAUUUCUCGACCUGUCAAUGCGAAUGGCUCCAUUGUGGUAUUUGUUGGUAGCUCUCCUGCAUCUUCCUUCUUAUGGCUUCUAUGCAAUAUUCGUCAAAAUCAAACAAAAACUCACUACCUGA